AUGGACGAGUCCGAAUCACAGUUACGGGGUACUCUGCUUCCGCAUGAUAGCUUGGAAUAUGGAACAAACUCUGACAAGACGCUCACUGAGACACAGAGGUGCCAGGAACACAAUAGGUCACUUCCAAAAGCACCCAUCCUAACAUCCUUAUGGCUAGGAAGUUUUCUGGCAUCGAUUGAUGCAAGCAUUGUUGCGAACAUCAUGAACAAGAUUGCAGAAGAGUUCCAUGAGUCGGAUAAGAAACAAUGGAUGGCGACGAGCUUUCUUUUGACCAACGCAGCCUUCCAGCCGCUCUAUGGUCGAUGCUCUGAUAUUGUAGGAAGGAAAUGUGCCCUGCUCAUCGCCCAGUCCUUCUUUCUUCUCGGGACGCUACUCACAUGCUUUGCACGGAAUGUGACCGAGUUCGCCAUUGCUAGAGCCAUCUGCGGCAUGGGAGGUGGCGGGAUCGGCGCGAUGAGCAGCAUAACAGUUAGUGAUAUAUGCACCACGAAGGAGCGAGGGAUGUACCAAGGGUAUGCCAACGUCAUCUUCGGGGCCGGCCAGGUUUUGGGAGCUCCAGUAGGAGGCCUUAUCAUGGAAACAUUUAAUUGGCGGAUCAUAUUUGCAGCACAGGUUGUCGCCAUUAUGAUAUGCAUGAUCCUGGCGUACCGAAACAUUAACCUAAAGCUCCUGCAUAUCCCCCCCUUCCACCAACGGUUUACUCGGAAAAACCUCUCCCGCAUUGACCUAUUUGGGUCGAGCAUGCUGUCAUGUUCUCUAGUGAGUUUUCUGAUGCUGUUCUCAUCGGGAGUUAGCCGGUCACUGUGGUUUCUCCUCACGCUAGUGUCACUGACACUUUUCUGUAUUAAUGAGCGCUACAUUGCUACAGAACGUCUUUUGCCAAACGGUAUAUUGCGGGGCCAUUUUGGCCUGUCGGCGCUAUUGAUAGUGGUAUCAUCUUUUAUGAUGUUCGCAGAACUCUACAGGAUGCCGGUAUACCUUCAAUUGAUACAGGAUAUUUCUGUGUCUCGGUCGGGCAUUUUUCUUUUAUUUGCAAGUGUGUCUUCGUCUGGUGCGUCACUGUUCACCGGAUGGCUUCUUCGGACUACGAAACAGGAUCUGGGUAAGCUUGUAUACAAAAUUGCCUUGGCCAGUAGUUUUAUACAGCUGGUUGGCAUGAUGCUAGCCUUGUUCACCACCAGCGUCACUGAACCGAGCCAAGCGGUACACGCCGGCUGGGCUGUUUUUAGCCCGAGAUCCGCAGGCCAGAUGCACUACUUCAAGAGCGAUUCCAUCGCCUGGCGGGUAUUGUUGACUGUAGCACUGAUGUGUAGCAGCUUCGCUUAUGCCAGCUUGCUUGUCUCCAUUUUGGUCAGCAUAGUUGACACUACAGAGAAGUCGCAGCAGGCAACCAUGAUCGGCGUCUUCUACCUCUGGCGCUCCAUCGGAAACACGCUAGGUGCAUCAGUUCCGUUAUCUGUAUAUGAGUUCGAGGUGGCUCGGAAGCUCUGGGACUACAUGGAAGCGCAGGGCCUGCGGGACACAUAUCUGGAUUUGCUCCACGAUUCCAGCAUCCUGCGACAGAGAUUCCGGAACCAUACCCUGGCGGCACUGCUGCAGAUAUACAGGAGCUGCUUCCAGGUCUCCUACCUCCCCAGCAUCUGUGUCUGCAUACUGGGUAUACUCGCCGCUACGCGCUUGACGCAGCGGGCGGCGCAUAAGUAG